AUGAUGGUACUAACAACUUUUCUUUAUUUUAAGGAUCAAAAAGUGGAUGACGAAUUACAAUUGUAUGGUUGUGAGUUAGUUAUAUUUGAUCGUUAUGCAUGUCGUUUGUCGCCUUCAUUUAUAAUGGCUACUUCACCGAUUCGUGAUGCAUUACAAGCUGGUGUUCGUAUAACUGGUGUUACGGUUCAUUUUAUUGGUGAAUUCGAUACUGAUAACGAUGGGCCAAUUAUUGGACAAGAGAGUAUUUCGGUAUCACCGAUUGAAACUGAAAUUCAAUUAGAAAAUUGUUUACGUAUACUUGAAUAG